UCCAAACACGGACACGUGAUAUACAUCAUAUAGCGACAGAUUAUAAAGGUAAUUUCAGUGCAACCAGUCUUCGCCGUCGACUGUCCUUUCUCGGGUUGAAAUAUAAUUACACAGUAGCAGGGCAUGUGCUGCCGCUCAUGUUACCUUUGGUUGACUAGACUGCAGCUGGGCGGUCCUUUACUGCACGAGCUACAAAGUCACUAGAGAACAAAGUUUGAAAUGAGUCCCUGCAAAACAAACCUGUGCAACGCACACUGAGCGAGCGAUCAAUAAUGGAUUCAGCCAAGCGGGAUGAACACAUGAGCGAGCACGCCGCCAACCUACUGGGGACAGCACAGCGGUCCAAACGGACACAAAGCGCCACCAAAACAAAGUCAAGAUACUUGAAAAUCCUCUGUGCGGUCCUUCUGCUUGGCUUGCUGGCUUUAAUUCUCACAGUCAUAUUUAUACUCAAACUCCAUUGCAGUGAUAAAGUUACUAAUAGCUGUAGAAACCGCUGCUUGUCCAAAAGUCGCGACUCUAACGCGGUGUGCCACUGUGACACUGCGUGUGUAAAUGAAGGCACCUGCUGUCUGGACUAUGAAGAAGUGUGUGUGGAACCAAGUCAGCGCUGGACGUGUUCUAAAUUCCGCUGCGGUGAGGAGCGUUUGCUGAACAGCCUCUGCUCCUGUUCUGAAGACUGUGUGAAAUUGGGUGACUGCUGCUCGAACUACAAGAGCAUAUGUAAAGGUGAAAAACCUUGGCUGGAAGAGGACUGUGAAGACAUCAGGACUCCUCAGUGUCCUGCUGGGUUUUCUGAACCGCCGCUGCUUCUGGUGUCUCUGGAUGGAUUCAAGGCAGGAUACAUGGAGGCCUACAGCAGCCUGCUUCCUGUCAUCAACAAACUCAGGAAAUGUGGGACCUCCACACCGUAUAUGCGACCUGCUUAUCCCACCAAGACCUUCCCAAAUCAUUACACCAUAGUGACAGGUCUGUAUCCAGAAUCACAUGGAAUUGUGGACAAUAAGAUGUAUGAUGUCACUCGCAAUGCCUCUUUCAGUUUGAAAAUUGAUGAGAAAUUCAACCCUGCAUGGUACCAGGGUGAACCAGUUUGGCUCACAGCCAUGAAAAACAAACUAAAAACAGCUACUUUCUUCUGGCCUGGAUCCGAUGUGAAAGUCAAUGGACAUUUCCCAGAUUACUGGGUGAAGUAUGACAGGAACAUCCCCUUUGAAAAGAGAGUGGCAAAAAUCUUUGAAUGGUUGUAUUUACCUGAAGGAGAAAGGCCAGACUUUUACACCUUAUACUUCGAAGAGCCUGAUUCUGCAGGUCAUCGACAUGGACCAAUGAGUAGCCAGGUCAUUGAGGCUUUACUGAAUGUCGACAGGCUUCUUGGGAUGUUGAUGGAUGGUCUCAAGGAAAGACAGUUGCACAGAUGUGUCAACCUGGUUCUGGUCUCUGACCAUGGGAUGGAAGAAGCAUCAUGCAAGAAAGCUGCGUAUGUCUCGGACUAUCUGGAAAACAUCGAUGACAUCACUGUCAUCCAGGGUCCUGCAGCGAGAAUCCGUCCCAAACGUUUGCCUGAUGAAUUCUUCUCCUUUGAUUAUGAAGGUCUGGUGAAGAAUCUUUCGUGCAGAGAACCUGAUCAGCCGAUGAGGCCUUAUCUGAAGGAGCACCUGCCCAAACGGCUUCACUUUGCCAGUAACAUCCGUAUAGAGAGAGCACAUCUCUACAUGCAGCCCGGCUGGCAAGCAGCACUCAAACCAAAUGAAAUUAAAUACUGCAGGGGCGGCUUCCAUGGUUCAGAUAAUGUCUUCAAGAACAUGAAGGCCAUUUUUAUUGGAUAUGGACCAGGUAUCCAUUCUAAGACGAAUGUGCUUCCCUUCGAGAACAUUGAAGUCUACAACCUAUUAUGUGAUUUGCUGGGUAUUCCUCCUGCCCCCAAUAACGGCACCCAUGGCAGUUUAAACCAUCUGCUGAAGAACCCACCCCACCAGCCGGUGUACCCCGCAGAGCACUCGGCACCAUCGACAUGCACCCCUGUUAGCGGAUUCUUGCAGGACCCUCGCGGCUGCACCUGUGACUCCCUCACUGAGGCUGAGGUGAACCGUCUGAACCAGCGUCUCAUCAACUCAAACUCAAACUCUAACGUGAAGCCUGUUCAUCUGCCUUACGGAAUCCCACGUGUUCUUCAGGAGCAGUCAGAUUACUGUAUACUUCACCACACUGCGUACAUCAGCGGAUACAGCAGAAACAUCCUGAUGCCCCUUUGGGUCUCAUACUCUUUGAAUGCAACGGUGAGCGUCCAGCCCUCAGCAGACACAUGUGUGCGUGCAGAUGUGCGUGUACAGGCCAGUGCGAGACAGUCCUGCUCAUUCUAUAAGAACAAUUCCACUCUGACCUUUGGCCUCCUGCAUCCACCCAACUUCAGUCCUACAGGAACUGAGCCAGACUCCUUAAUUACAAGCAACAUGGUGCCCAUGUUUCCUGCUUUCAAAGGAACGGGGCUCCCAUCCCGACACAUUUCUUUGUGAUUCUUACAAGCUGUAAGAACUCGUCCCUUCCCAUCCGACAGUGUGACGGUCCUCUAGAUGCUGUGUCUUUCGUUCUUCCUCAUCGAGCUGA